AUGCAGGCACCCAUUCUACAUCUUCUCCUCCUCCUCCUCCUCCCCUUCUUCCUCCAUCCAGCAGGCGGCCUUGACUGCGAGGGUGAAGAUCCAGCCAUCUCGGUUCUCAGUCCGCGUCAUGGCAGCGUCCUGCCUUUGGAGCUUCACGGGAUGGACGCGCUCCGAGUGGAGGUAGAGCUGCUCAUGUGCAACUUCCAUGCCAUCGACGGGUCGAUCAGCGUCUUCGGGGGAGUGGGGGAGCAGAAGAUCCAGGACCUCUGGCAUCCAGUCAACGGCAGGAAGAACUACAGCAUCGAUAUCCCGUACGCUUACGGGGAGGCCUGGGAAGAGAGCAUGGUGUACCUUGAGAGAGGGAUGGGGAUGGCGUACAGGCUGGAGUUCUCCCUGACAGAGGGAGGGUUUGAGGUCGGAGUGUCUUCUUUCGUCGACCUCCUGCUCAUUUCAAGACACAUCCCUCGCCCCGCCGAUCCCUCGGUGGGGCUCAAGGAGGACAAGAAAUUCAUCUACCUCCUCAGCACCAAGUUCGAGACUUCACGCCCUGACCUGCAGACAGCAUCCUCCGACCUCCUGCAGCUCGUGUGGGGCCCCUUGCGGCCCAACGGGUCGGACGCGAUCUGGUAUCCAGGGUGCACGUGGAACGAAGCUCGCAACCGACUGUACGAGGAGGCGAGGGGGAGGGGGAGGCACUAUCUGUACUUCAUCUUCACGGAUGAUGAUGCAAGCUUGAGCUUGCAGCCUGGUCAGCCCAUGGGACAUGGUCCUGAUGAGGUUGAAGGUGAUCCAUGGCGGGAGUAUGAGCGGCUGCUGCUCAAGUGGCAACCGGCAGCGGGAUACGCCAAGUACACUAUCCAACAGCCUCACACUCAGAAGCGGGACGGGCCGGAGGACGAGAUUCAGUGCGUGAGGUUUGCUGAUCCGCUACUGGUGGCCUAUCACUUUGAAGCAGCUGCUUUCCUCUUGCCGUACACCACGGAGUUUGACAGCGAGUCCUGGCACUACUCGGCUGUUGUGAUCAACGUGCUUCAGUCGCUUCACUACAGGAAUCACAUCCUCCAGUUCAACUCUCUCUACGUUCACGACAACCAGAAGACCGUCGGAUACGCAGCUACAGCCUUCAGGUUGAUGAAUUGGGAGCGGCCGAUCAGGUGGAUCACUGCCUCAAUUGCUUUGCACGAGCAUGUCUCCGAGGUCGGCAUCCUGAAUCCCGUGCAGGUCAAGUGCCAUCCUUCGGUUCAUCCCCUGCCCAAGGCUUUAUCCUACGUCGUGAAGCCCUCGACCUUCGACAUCUGUCAUCCAGUCUUCCAGCAUCUUCGCUCCCCCGAGCUGGCCACCAGCACCCACAACUGCUCGGGCUGGAACUUGGAGGGGAAGCUGUUGGACCUUCUCUUCGUCCAGAUUGAGCUGGGCAAGCAGCUGAGGGCGGAGCAGGAGGGGAAGCUCGACGAGCUGAGGAUGGAGCUACGGGAGAUGAUGCAGCAACUGCUCAAGGGGGAGGACAAGGAGGGAGGGAGCGAGAGCGAGAGCGAGGAUCAAGGCAGAGAUGGAGAGAAAGGAGAGGAGGAGGAAACAGGAGAGAGAGGAACAGGAGGAGAGACAAAGGAGGAGCUAUGA